AUGCGCCACGUGUCCGUGGAAUGUGUGGUCACAGGCAGCGGCCACAACGAUCGAGCUCCGUGUCGAGUAGCCCUCGUGGAUUUGCACAAUCGCGUGUCAUGGUCCGCUAUCAUCCUCGUGACGCCAGUUCUGGAUCCAUUGACGGCUAUCACGGGCCUCACGACGGCUCAAAUUCAAGCGAAAGGGAGGCCGUUCGAUGUUGUGCGAGACGAAUUGAUUGGCCAUCUUGGCCUGGGCAUGGUCCUGGUGGGGCAAAAGGUCACCAACGAUGUUGGCUGGAUGCAGCUGGAAGCUGGCACGCAAUACGCGAGGACCGUAAACUUGGCCGAACUGUUUCGGGUGUGGAACCCUCACUUCGAGCACUACAUGUACUUCACCCUUCGCAAAUAA